GGAAAUUACGAAACCUGACACUAUUUUUUCAAACACCACUGGCCGUCUGUCUGUUACGAGUACUCCCUCCCAUAAAACAAAGCAUUUUAGGGUUUUUCUCCAAUGGCAUCGCACAAUCACCUCGACGUCGAUGAUGAUGAUUUUGGCGGUGAUUUUCCCGGGAGCCACAAUAGCAGACGUUCUGGCAACAAGAGAAGCUUUGGAGAUCUCGAGGAUGACGAAGAUGAUAUUUUUAGCUCCAAAAAGGGUAAUUCCAAGGUAGAAGAAACUGCAAUGAUUUUGUCGCUUCGUGAGAGUCUUGAAACUUGUAAAAGUUCACUCGCAACAUGCCAGACAGAGCUUGAAGCUGCAAAAUCUGAAAUUCAGAAGUGGCGUUCUGCAUUUGAGAAUGAGUCCUCCAUGCCUGCUGGGGCAUCUCUUGAACCUAAACUAGUGAUCAACUAUCUUCAGACCCUGAAAUCUUCUGAGGAGUUAUUGAGAGAGCAGUUAGAAAAGGCUAAGAAGAAGGAAGCUGCCUUUAUUGUAACUUUUGCAAAACGGGAGCAGGAGAUAGCAGAGCUAAAGUCUGCAGUCCGGGAUCUGAAAGCUCAACUCAAGCCACCAUCAAUGCAGGCAAGGAGGUUACUGCUGGAUCCAGCAAUUCAUGAGGAAUUUACACGUUUGAAGAAUUUGGUUGAGGAGAAGGACAAGAAGGUGAAGGAAUUGCAGGAUAAUAUUGCUGCUAUGAAUUUUACUCCACAAAGCAAGAUGGGCAAGAUGCUGAUGGCAAAGUGUAGGACACUGCAAGAGGAAAAUGAGGAGAUUGGGAAUCAAGCUGCAGAAGGAAAGAUACAUGAACUAGCAAUGAAACUUGCUUUGCAGAAAUCGCAGAAUGCAGAGCUUAGAAAUCAAUUUGAAGGACUGUACGAACACAUGGAGGGCCUGACAAAUGAUGUAGAGAAAUCAAAUGAAACGGUACUUCUGUUGCAAGAAAAGCUAGAGGAGAAGGAUCAGGAGCUUAAAAAGCUGAAGCUUCAACUACAGCAGAAGACAUUAGUGGAGGAAAAGCCUGAUCCGUGUCCAAAUAAAACAGUAAGCGCUGAUGAAUUUAAGAAGGAAGCUGAGGUCAACUAGACUGGACAAUUUGUAGAAUAUAUCAUUUUCAUUCUCCAUGGUUGUGCCCUGUACAUUAUAAUAUAUUUUUUAACUAUUCUUUUCAAAUAUUUCAUUAUUAUGUUGGGAGGGUUUUGUGGUCUGCGUAGGGCAAUGGAAGGUUUUCCUGUGUCCGGUGACCUGAAGUUCCUGGAUGCCUAAA